UUGAGACCGUCAGCAACUGAGACCAUCGUUGAGACCGUCAAUCGCUGAGACCAUCACGCAUUGAGACCAUCAUUUAUUGAGACCAUCAUCUAUUGAGACCAUCAUUUGUUGAGACCGUUAUCCAUCGAAAUCUUCCAUUCCACCAUUUCUGGAUUUCCUUAUCAGUGGAUUAAUUAUCAUUAUCAGUGGAGUUCUUAUCAGUGGAUUAAUUAUCAUUAUCAGUGGAGUUCUUAUCAGUGGAUUAAUUAAAAAUCAUUGAUGAAGCGAAUAAGCUACAAAAUAAUAAGAUCGAUUUGACACCACGACCCUGUGAAAAUAAAAAUUAUUAUCAAGAGUGAUAAAUAAGAAAUUCAAAAAAAAAAAGGUGAAGAAAAGAAAAGAAAAAAAUAAUAAAUAAAUAUAAGCUAACAAAAUCAAUAUAUUAUUCAAAAAAAAAGAAGAGAAAGAUAGUGUCUGUGAAAAAAUUGUGUAUUAAGAAUCAGUUGGGAUUAUUUCUUCGUUCCUGUAGAAGACAACUAUAGAAUUCUUCAAAAUGAGGAUCCCUCUCACCUUAAUUUUGAUAGCCUCAUCUCUGCGAAGCUAUUCGAGUUUCGACUACCAAGAACAAGACCAGAAAGUUGGAUUGACUUUCAUUAAGCUAUCAGAGGCCCGUAUUUCUUACGACAGCUAUACGAUGCUAUACUACAUCGACAUCUCAGAAUAUAAGAAAUUAACUAGAUUGGUAGAAACAUUCAUAGAUAAUUCAACCGUAUUGUGUAGUCACAUUAACGGUGAUAGUUGUGGUAAUAUUCUUAGACAUGUCAACAUAGGUCUGAAUUACAUGAGAAGAAACGAAUUAGAUAUCGAGGCUUAUCAACAAAAACAAUCCAAAACAAGAAGAGCCAUAGAAAUAAUCGGUAAAGCUCUCCACUGGGCCUACGGCCUAAUGACGGCCGAGACCGCUCGGGAGUAUAAUUAUAAAAUAGAAAAUUUAAAAAACGACUCGACCCGCUUUUUCAAUAUUAUCGAAGACCAAACAGCUUUAAUUAAAGAGGUUAUCGAAAUUAAUAAUAAAACAGCAUCUGAUUUCCAAAAAAGUAUAUCCUCCCUUCGGAACUACAUAAAAACCUAUGUAUCGAAUGGCAAAAAAUGGCUUGAUGGUUUACACUCUGAAAAUGUCUUCUCCCGGGGCAUACAAUUGGCAACUUUGAUCAUGACACAACAUGCCCAAAUUUCUAGGGAAAUCCUAAAAUGCCUAGAAGACGUCAUUUCGGGUAAGAUUACCCAACUAGUUCCAAAAGACCGCCUCCAACAAGACCUUCUAAAAAUAGAAAGUCAAUUAAAAGACAACCAAAGACUACCUAUCAAUUUUAACAUCGAAAACCCACUUCACAUCUUUAAAUACUCCCAGGUAGCCUCCUCUCUUUACGGAGAACAAUUACUCAUGGAGUUAACCAUCCCCAUCAUUGAACGUGAAGUCUAUACGGUUUACAAAAUAAUUCCGACCCCAACCAAAAUCGAGAAUCACACAAUAAUCAUUAAUCCAGUCUUCCAUUAUAUCCUCCUGAACAACGAAGCCAAAGAAUAUAUCCCCAUUUCGAUCAAAGAAUUCAAUCAGGGGCAAUUCAACCUUCACGGCGAAAAAAUCCUCAAACCCGCCGAAAACGCUCGCAUUGACUACAGCGACAACUGCGAAAUCAGUAUAUUCAUGAAUCCCAAUAAAGAAGUCCUCAAAAAAUAUUGCGAUAUAAAAAUAAUCCCUAACUCAAAUUAUUUCAUACCCCUAAACAACAACGAUAUGUUCUAUGUUCUAAUAUCCAAACCAAUCAUCGUAACUGAAUAUUGCCACAACCAACCAUCCAAAUUUCGUGAAAUUAAAUCAAGCGGAAUUCUCCAAAUAAAUAAAGAGUGCAGGGUAGUAACAGAUAAGAUAAGUCUUCGACCUCGCUGGAAUUAUCGCUUCGAAUCGAAGGAAGUACUUGAUUUGGGCUUCAAUACCAUCAAUACAACCUUCGAAAGCAUUUUCGAAAAAAUAAAUUUCCUAUCAAACAUUACAAUUCCCGACAUCGAUGAGAACAUUCUUAUUCAAGACUACUCUGCCGAUUACAAGCAACUUAUUGAGAAAGCGGAUAAAGUCAUAGAAAAAAAUAAUUUCAACAGAGAAUGGAGCAAUUUUAAAUGGGAAAAUGCUGGAAAAUUUAAAAAAUCAUACUCUUUCUUCGGCUCCUCACUCCUUAUCAUUAUCAUUUUAAUAGCCAUCGUCAUCUGGUUCUUCUACUCUCGUUUUUUCAGUCUAAGCACCUGGACAAAGCUGGCUAAAAAAUUAGCAAGCGGCAAUUUGGACGAAAUUCCUCCAUUAUUCGUCCGCCAUAUCCCAGAGAUCAACGAACCCCCUCCCACAUUCUAUCCCGUAGAAAACAAUCGCCCCUCGUCCCCCUCUCCAUCAAAUAUCGUCACUAUUGAAAAACCGGGGGCAUAAGAUUCCAAAACUCUUUGUAUUCUCAGAAACUUCAUCAUACCCCUCCCCUACAGAACCGGACCCAAAAAUUACACCCUCUACACCUUCUCAAAUCCCUUCACACGCUCGAAGAAAUUACCAUAACUGGUAGAUCAAGAGACGAAUUCGAAUUGGGAAAAACAAUUUCUAUUCUGAUAAACAAUUCUCAUCUCUUGAAAAACCUAACAAAAUUCACAAUCAAUUACAGACUCUCUUCCACAAGCGUCAAAAACCUUUUAAAACUGGCAAAAAUUAAAAAAAAAAAAUGCGACGUUUAACCCUGGUCGAUCAUUAUGACGAAGUGAGAGACGACUUUGGAUCAAACUCAAUAAAAUUUCUUCAGAACAAUUCUAAAAUGAAUGUGAGAAUUUUCGUUCGGGACUACCUAUGUCAGGAAUACUAAAAUACAAAAAAAACAAACAAACAAUCUACAACAUUUUAAUCUUUUACAUGUUCUUUAUUCAUAAAGUUAGAUUUAAGCAAUUUCAUUAAAAAAUAAGAAGAAAAAAAAAUGUUUACACACAAAAAAACUUAUAACUUAAGAAAGCUCUUACCAAAUUACUAAAACCCAUCACCUUCCUUCCUUUCCUGCAAAUCGCGUUAUUUCACCUUUUUGUACUAAAUCUUCAUAGUUACUGGCAAACUCAUAAUAAAACCUUGAUUGCCGUAACCUUCCUCUCCUUGUCUCCACAGGCGACACGUACUCAAAAUCUCUAUAACUCGCAUUUGGAUGUUGACUCAAAUGCCUCCGUAAACUAUCUCGCCUUAUCCCAAAAAUUUUACUAAUCUCUACCUGAGAUGGUUUUCUACCGACGAAAUCAGCUUCUUUCAUAUUGAAAAACUUAGCUGCCAACCAGAAACGUUGCGCGUGACACAUUCGAGACACCUUCACCUUCUUCACCUUUUCUUCUUGCUGAAAGAAUCGAGCAUUCACUCCAUCUAUAUCCUCAGCGUUAACCUUCUUUAACAUCUCCCUCUUCUCACUGUAAAUAAAAUUCUCGAUUUCAGCUGACAAAACCACUGCCAACCCAUCAAUAUCCAAUCCUCCAACAGUAAUUGUUGGUACCGCACGCUCUACCGGGAAUCGACGCUUCUCCAUCUGGCCCUCUCCAGAAUUUCCUCCAGAUUUCAAUUUCGUCUCAUUCCUUAAAAUUAACUUUUCUUCUAUCUCAUCCUCACUCGACGAACUACCUUGACUUGACGAAUUAUCCACACCAGAUGAAUCGCCAGAUGAAUCGCCAGAUGAAUCGCCUGAUGAAUCGCUUGUUGAACCGCUUUCACUCGUUGAACUCCCAGUAGAUCCACUACUCGAACUAUCCGAACUACUAGUGGACACAUCUAAAUCACCUUCGCUCAUCAUUCUUUCAAAAUCCAUCUCCCUCCGACUGUCAACAUUCUCUGCAGUCCCCUCACCCCUUCCUUCGAUCAAUGCUCGACUGUCAAGUCCAGACCUUCCAAGCUCAUCUUCACCUCUAUCCAAAUUUCCGAUAACAUCCCCGGGUCCACCACUUAUCAUUGACCCUGAACAUGCUCCACACAUUUCCUUCAAAACCUGAGUUUGAGCUAAUUUUGCUCUCUUUUCGGCCUUCUCUUUCAUCACACUAUUACGAGACCACCCCACUCCCUCAUUCUCCUUCUCUUCAUCCAACUUUCGCUUCUUCACACUCGAAUCAUCCAUCUCAACCAAAAUAUUCUUUCCCAAAUCCAAAUCCAAAAAUCCAUUACUAUCUUUCAAUAUUAUGGAAUGACAAUUCCCUUCUAAAUCUGGAUCUCCCCCGCUCAAAAACCUUACAAAUCCCACCCCUCCCAACAAAUCCAAUCUAAUAAUAUGCCGCCUCCCAUUUCUUCGAAUAACUUCUACCCCAACUGCCAAUUUUCUACAACAUUUAAAAAAAAAAAUAUAUUAUUCAUUAAUUUCCUUUUACUUUUAUAAAAAAAAAAAAUAUAUAAUAAAAUUCACAUAAUAAUAAACCUUGCCUCAGCAAAAUAGACACGAAUUACAAACCUUGAAUCACGUAAAUCACAUUGAAUUGGAUAAAUUAUCAAAAUGUUAAAUAAACAUCAAUUAUGGCUUUAAAACACUCAAAAUAUUGAUCUCAUUCAUAAAUUCUUGGUAAAAUUCUUAAUUCAUCUACUGCCAGUAAGCAAGGAUUAUUAAAAAAAAAAAAAAAAAAAUAAAAUAUAUAUACACUUUCUAAUAAAAUAAAAUUAAUUUUAAGUUACGCCCUUUUGGAAUUAUUCGGGAACUGGAGAAGAAAUGAUUGUAUUCCUCACAUAAUUUUAACUUUCAAUACAAAAAAUAAUAAAUUCCUAAACAACUUCUUAAUAUAGCAAAAAUCACGAAGACAACAAAUCAUUUUCUCACUACAAAUUAAAAUAAUAUUAUUCAAAACUUACCCUUCCAUCUUAGCUUUUAUUUAGUAUUUCUCAAAAAUAAACUCAGUGAACCUUCUCGGGAUUCCCUCAACAAACUAAAUUCUAAGAAUUCUUUUCUAUAAGUUUACACUUUGUAUUCUUUUCAUCUCAUUAUCUUUAUUGACACUCGCUUAAUGACAGUUGUAUUUGCCAUUUUCAUUUUCCUUACCUACUUCAUUUGGUCAUUAAUUAGAGGAGAAAAAGGUGGUCCAAAAAUCUCGACUAAUUAUUUUUUUUUGUCCCCUUUUUCUCUCCUUGUCCGGGGCAGUGUAGCCAUCUCGGUGCUACGCUCAAUGGCCCACCAUUUAC